AGUUCACUGUGUAUCUGCCGACACCUUACCGGCAGCACCGGUUUCAAACUAUUAUUUAACGACCUCGGAGCCUGAAUCUGCGGGAAAAUAAAGACGAGCAGAAGAAGAAGGAGUUACUUUUAAAUAGUUUCAGUUGCUUUUCUUCGACAGAUCCAGUGAAGUGAAAGGAAGAUUUCAAAACUGUGCAUGAGAGAGGCAAACAGAGAACCACGUUGAGUCAGCGCAGCAUUAUGGGUCUGUCCAUACAGCCCUGCCUUCUGAGUUGCCAAAUGAUGGUAUCAAGAAGUCAGGUUCUCCUUUUGUUCAGUGGGAUUUCCUUACUAGUUUCACACUGAGCAGGCACAUUUCUUUGCAGUAUGUUGAACAUGAACAAAAGCAUGGUGUCAAACGAAUCAUGCAAUCACACCACCUGUAAUGAAACUCUCAUCGUUAAUGGGACUGGCAAGCCAGCAACAAGCAUCAUCAUGUUCAUGGCUGCUGUGGUGGGGAACCUCCUGGCUCUCUUCAUCCUCGGGGUGCACCAGAAGGAGCAUCGCUCCAGGUCUUCUGUCUUCUGCAUCCUGGUGACCGGCCUGGCCCUCACCGACCUGCUGGGCACCUGCCUCCUCAGCCCACCUGUGUUCAUCUGCUACGCCCGCAACAUGUCCCUGAUAAGUCUGGGAGGUGCAGGCCUGUGCAACCUCUUUGGCUUUGCCAUGAGUUUCUUCGGCCUGGCGCCCACGCUCAUCCUGUGCGCCAUGGCUGUGGAGAGAUGCCUGGCCAUCAGCCAUCCUUACUUUUACUCUGUACACAUCCGCAGAAGCUUUGCCAAAUUCACUCUUUUAUUUAUUUACAUCUUCUCUUUGGCCUUCUGCCUCCUGCCAUACAGUGGCUAUGGCAAAUUCAGACAGUAUUGUCCCGGGACGUGGUGCUUCAUUGACAUGGAUGCGACAGGGGAUGAGAAGGCCAGCUUGGUACUGGCCUUCUCCCUGUCCUACUCGUCCCUCAUGGCACUGCUGAUCUUUGCAGUGUUUGUGUGCAAUGGUUCAGUGAUUGUCAGCCUGUGCCAGAUGCACCGGAGCCAGAUGAUGCGGCGCGGCUCCGUCGGGUCAACGGGGAGAAGGAAGAGGCUGAGCCUGGCCUGGUUCGCACAGGGGGAAGAAGAGGUGGACCACUUGGUGCUGCUGGCGCUCAUCACCGUCAUCUUUGUGGUCUGCUCCCUGCCACUCACUAUUGCAGGCUUUAUCAACGCCAUUCAUCCGUUCUGUGGCGACUCGGAGAACCUGACAGCCUUCCGCUUCUACGCCCUUAACCCCAUCGUGGACCCUUGGGUCUUCAUCAUCUGCCGCAAGUCUGUGUUUCACCACCUUUGCUCUCUGUUGAGCUGCCGCUUCAGCAGGAGAGCUGUGAAGACGACAGCACAGUGCGCUUUGUCUUUACCCCUUGACAAUCACAUACAGCGCAACCCCCCAGACGUGACAGUUCCACAGACGAAAGCGUACUCCAGUUUACCUCUGUGACCCAACAGGAGCCCUCAGCUGCGUGGGGGGGACUGGAGGCUGGGAGGCUAUCAUGUCUGAUAAAACAUUGGAGCAAAUCUAUGACAUGAAACCUAAACAUUUGCAAACAGGAUUCCUGCGCUCACCAUGUUAAGGCACACAGACUUUGACAAAGAAGUAGAUGCCACGGUGGAGAUCUUCAUGAACUUUGGAAAAAACGAUUGCACUAGGUCUUGAAUUUUCAUUGACUGAUGGAGGCUGUUUCAAAGUUGCAAAGAGGGUUGUGACAUAAAACAAACAGCACUGUAACUUAGCACUAAGGAACACAUCAAACCAUAUCAUGCCUAUAAACAUUAUACUGUAAAAUCAGAAUAUAUGCACUCGGGUAAAAACUAUAUGGAUACAAAAUGCAUGAAUGUAUUCCGUCUUCUUUUCUCUCCGCCUUUUACCAGUUACAGCCAGGUAACUCUACUAAUGGACUAUCCUCAUCUACAGUAUGACAUAAGAUGCAGGUCACACUCAAUGACAUUAUUUUUUGGUCAUCCCUGGGGUUGAUGUUAAAUUAAUUUUCUGUGAUCACAAUUAUAAUGUAUCCAUCAUCAAAAGUUUUCACCAAACAUAAACCAUUAGCAGGCUGUAAUUAAGCAUAGUUAAUUUUGUCAUAAAACUAAAAGUUAACAGCCAUGCUAGCGGCCCAUUGAAGUGCUUUGAGCUGAGCACUAAUUUCAGCAUGCUAGCAUGCUAAUUUUAGCAGUUACAGUGUUCACCAUCUUAGUGUAACACAUUUUGGGUCUUUUUAAACUAAAUACGACAACGGCACCACUGCACUCUUAAACCCCUUUCCAGUGGCUUAUGACAUGCCUAGACAUCGUUUCGCAGCAUUGAGCAAAACAUUUACAGCAUGAUGUGAGCAGCUUAAACUGCAUUUGGUCUAAAAGGCCUUUUUCUUCACUAACAUUUGACUGAUAGGAAUGUCAUCAGUUUAGCAGGUAUUUUGUCAUGAACCAGAGUACUGAACAGAUUAAAACUUUGACCUGAUGAUGAUGCUAAAUGAAAAGUUAAGAAGUAAUCUCAUAAUCUUAGCACCAUAGUUAACUGUGCCAAAUAUGGCAAGCAUCUCAGUGUCAGGGUGGCAUUCAGGUAAAAAAAAAAAUCAGGGGACUACCAACAGUCACCGAGCUUCAUCUUCUCAGGAACAUGAUCGUCUGCUUUGAGAAGAUUUGAUGGCUGUCUGUCAAGUAGUUACAUUUACACUGUACCUGUGAAAAUGGUCUUGAAAAAUGGGUUUUGCUCCUUUCAGAGAGUACUUGUCUUUCCCACAGUGCAGCACUGUUCCACCUGCACAGACUGCAUGUGAUGUAUUAGCAUUAAUAGACUGAAAUCUCCUCUUUUCAGUUGUUGUAAUCUGUCCAAAAAGAAAUAACCUGCUGUAAAAAUUAUAGAAGCACUCUAGUAGUCUUAAAAUGCAAGAAAUUAAAAGCAAAAAUAGUCAGUUUCAAUUAAAGCUAAAGUUGAUCUGAAGUUAACCCACCUCUCUGGAUGUUUGACUCUAAUCUUCUAGACUAAACAAUUCAUUCAUGCAUUCAUUCAACCUUUAUUUAUUCUCCAGAGAUACUUGAGGGGCAGCCCUCAUUGGCAAUGAAGUUGAGUCAAUAACCAAAACAACAAAGAAAUAUACAUUAGAAAAGGCAACACUAUAAUUUCAUUAUUACAAAAAGAAUAAAUACCCAUUUAAACUUACUAAUUUCUCGAAUAAGGGAAAAAACUUGAGAGUUAAUUCAGUUUAAAGGCCACUUUAGUCCAGCUCUAGGUUUAAUUCCUAUUGCAUGAACGUUUAGCUCUACCCCUUCUUCUCAAUCUCACUGUUUUCUAAGCUACCUAUGAUGAUUGCUUGUGAAUGUUGAAGUCUGCUGCUGCAAAAUGCACUGUGAGAAUUUUUGUUGUUGUUGUGACUUACAGUAAAUUGCAUUUAAAUGUGUAUUUAUGCCUUUUAACUGUGCUAUAAUGUUGUGUAUCCUUGUGCUGGUUUGGCAUGCAGCUGUAUAGGGAUGACAGAUAGGGUGAUGAGUUUUUUUGGCCGUGAUGCACAUUCACUUUUUUUGCUUCAGUGCUCAGUCAUGCAUGACCCGAGAUUAGUCAGACACAUAACCACUUGCACAUGUGGUCUUUGAGGGUAUUUAAGUCUAUUAAAAUGAAUGAAAGAAUACAAUUUUAGAAACAGAAAAUUGUAUACAUGAUAUGGUACACAUUUUGUUCAUGUGAAAUAAAAUAUUGACGUAAGAAAAAAA